AUGUCAACUGCAAUAAUAGGCGGCGGAAUCAUUGGCAUCUCCACCGCCUUCUACCUUUCCGAAUCUACAGAGGGCCAACGAAUCCAUAUAAUUGACCCGUGCACCCAACUCUUCGACUGCGCAUCCGGUUACGCUGCCGGUUUCAUUGCCCGGGAUUGGUUUUCUCCCGAGCUUGCAGCUCUCGGCGCCCUCUCCUUCGAGCUGCAUGAGCAGCUUGCACACGAGCACGGCGGGUAUGAGAAAUGGGGAUAUAUUCGUAGUACUGCUGUCGGGCUUCAGUUACAAUAUGAUGAUGGUCAGAUAUCGGCCAGUGGGCAUGAUUGGCUGCGGCAGGGAGCUAGUCGGGCAGAGGUUGCAGUGAGAGCGGAUGAGAAAAGGGAAGGGGAGCCAGAUGCGUCACCGUGUUGGUUGACGAGGCAGAGGGGCGGGUUUGUGGAGAGAAUUAGUGAUGAGAGAGGGGCGGCGCAAGUUGACCCCCUACGUCUGUGUCAAUUCCUUCUGACAAAAUGCAUUGAGCGCGGAGUGCAUGUGCACAACCCCGCCCGGGCAAUAUCCCUCGUCAAGGAUCAUGCCUCCGGUUCUCUUACAGGAGUAAAGCUUCACAAUCAGACCACAAAUGUCCAAUGGACAAUUCCAUGUACAAAUCUCAUUUUUGCUGCUGGUGCAUGGACACCACGAGCUUUCAAAACCCUGUUCCCGACUUCCACUACUCGAAUCCCUGUUACUUCUUUGUCCGGCUACUCUAUCCUCCUACGCUCUUCACGUUUCACAUUAUCGCAUGAAAGAGACACAUACAACGGAUCUGGGCAUGCAGUAUUCACUACACACCCCCGUUCCUGCGGGUUUAGCCCCGAAGCCUUCUCGCGUGCAGGAGCAGAGAUAUACCUAGCCGGCCUAAAUAGCUCUGAGACUCCCCUCCCGGAACUUGCGAGCGAUGCUCAUGGCAUGAUGGAGAAGGAUAAAAUGUCUCGAGUGAGGAAAGCUGCAGUGACACUGAUGGGACGGUGUGAUCCAGACGUGGAGAGCAGGGACAAGGAAGGGGAUGGGAAUAUUGACGAUUUGGAAAUCAUUCGCGAAUCUCUCUGUUUCCGACCAUGGACGGAGAGUGGGCGUCCAAUUGUUGCGCAGGUUGGGAAUUGGGCUUUGGGGCCCGAGAUUCGACCUUCUGGGGGUGUGUUUAUGGCGACGGGUCAUGGUCCAUGGGGUAUUUCGAUGUCGUUGGGGACUGGAAAAGUCAUGGCGGAGAUGGUGAGGGGAAUCAAAACGAGUGCUGAUGUGAGUGGGCUUGGCCUGGAAGAGGGCAUGGGAGGAGACAAGACAAAGAUAUAG